CUUUAAAAUAUGCUACGGUUAAGGCAAUAAAAAUGGAUAUUAAUUUAUUUUGAAAGUCUAGGCUUAAAUUUGUACUGCCAUUGUUUGCUGGUUACUGGUUGACUGCCAUGUCAAAAAUGUAGCAUAGAUCGAGUGCAGAUUUUUUCACGUUAUUCUCAUAAAUCGAUUAAAAUGGUGCCUUCUUAGUAACAAAUCAAACAUGAAAUUCAAGUAAGAAUUUGACAACCCCCCUAAUAAAAACGAUGUGAUGCAAAUUGUGAUAUGCGUGUAGAAUGCCGUGGGUCCUCCCUCGUGUUUUUCACAUGAUCAGAGAUUACGUGGAGGAGAGGCUUGGGAGGUUCAGUGAGACAAACCGCGGCGAUGGCUGAUAGUCGCCCCAGACAGCUUUUGCAUUUGUUUUAUGUAGUGGCCAUAUGUGUCACAUUUAUCGAUCACAUCGAUGGACAGAGGACACAGGUACCGUGGACACAAGAGAAGAUCAGCCACAGGCCUACCACACUGAGCUCCAGCGACAUCACCAGGGUCCUGUCACACACAGACCUAAACCAGAUGUGGCAGAGGGACCUCAGACCUCUGCUCGUGACUCGGUACCCCAAUUCUGCAGGCAGCCUGACAGUGCAGCAGCACAUCAAGAGCACUCUGGGUUCCCUGACGGCAGGCUGGGAUGUUCAGGAGGAUAGAUUUGAGUCACACACCCCUUACGGACCCAUGACUUUCAACAACAUCGUUGCGACUCUCAACCCCUCUGCUCAGCGCCGUCUAGUACUGGCAUGCCACUAUGACUCCAAGUACUACCCUCCACAGUGGCAUGGGCGUGAGUUCCUGGGUGCCACGGACUCAGCCGUUCCCUGUGCCAUGAUGCUAGAGAUGGUACGGGCUCUGGACCAGGAGCUGAAGGCUCAGAAGGACUCCGAUCCUAAACUCUCUCUCCAGCUGAUUUUCUUUGAUGGAGAGGAGGCUUUAUUCCAGUGGACCUCAACAGACUCACUGUACGGCUCGCGCCACCUGGCCCAAAAGAUGGAGAACACGGCGCACCCACCUGGAGCCGUGGACACCAACGAACUGCAUGCCAUAGACCUGUUUGUGCUCCUAGACUUGAUUGGAGGCCCCAGCCCUCGAUUUGGCAACCAGUUCCCCAACACCGUCCGAUGGCUCACCAGAAUGCAGAACAUUGAACGCCGUUUACACAAUCUGGGUCAGCUGAGGGACCAUCCAAAUGAGAUACAAUACUUCUGGCCUGGAAUACCAGUAGGUCCAGUGCAGGAUGACCACAUGCCAUUCCUCAGUAGAGGUGUGCGCGUCCUCCAUUUGAUCCCAACCCCGUUCCCCUCUGUCUGGCACUCAUUUGAUGACAAUGAGCAAAACCUAGACCGCUCCACCAUUGAGAACCUCAACAAAAUCCUGCAGGUGUUUGUGCUGGAGUACCUCAACAUGAAGCCUCAAGCCGUGAACCCCCAAAACGCCCCCUAAAUCACAAGUCUUCCCAGGCUCACCAACAGCUCUCUCAACACAUAACCAUUUCAAAACAUGAAGAUGUGUAUAUAGGUUAGUGUGCGUCUCUAGUAAUGUCCAAAGUUGGAAAGACUUUAGCAAUCAUACUCAAUUUAAUCAACAUACAAGCAAGGAAUCCACAAAAGUUAAGUGUGGAAAACAGAGAAGCUAUUUUAAGAACCCUGUCCAAAGAGCUCUCCUCGUCCUCACACACCAUCCUUUCAGCACCCACUCUUCACAGGGCGCGCCAAAACACAGACACACACAGUCCUAUCGAUGCUCUAUCCAUGUAGCAUCCAGACUAUCACACAGGAUCUUCUGUGUGUCUGCUUUGACAGUGGUCCCUUUAUGUGACUACAUCCCUUCUUUCCAAGGAGCUAGGCUUUGUGCUAAUGCUAAUAUCAGUGUCCAACUGGUCAGAAGGAAGGGACAGACAUACAGAUAAACGUACAAAAAUAAACAUGAUUAAGUGGUUACAUUUUUUUGUGGCAUAUUACUUUUUACAUUUUAUGUAUACAUUGCUGUUUGUUACUAUCUGUUGAUGCGCGCUGAACAUUGACUCAUGUUGGUACAUUAAAAUGGAAUUUUAAACAUAAAAAAAAACAUGAAAAAAAUCUGUGGUCGUAUAUUGAGGGCCAUGGUCUGAUGCUCAAAUCUGUAAUUACAUUUUACAGGCUUGUACAAGGUACCCGCUUGCAAGCUUAUCCUCGCAAGUUUGUACAUUUAGUUUGUGCUUGCAAGCAAUAUUUGACAAGCUUGUACAAUAGAGUUGAAUUACAAACUUGUAAUUCUGUAACCAAACAUCUGUAUGAAUUCAACUCGAAAAGCAUAAUAAGAUAAUGUACUGUUACCUUGUACAAGCUUGCAAAAUGUAAUUACAGAUUUGAGCAUCCAGACUUGCGACCACGGCCCUCAAUGUACGAACACAAAUUUUGUGACCAAAGUGCACAGAGUUUUGACAUGUUCAAUAUUCCAUACAUUAAUGUAAAGAUCAUGUUACUAGAAACCUUGUAACUUUGUACAAUCACAUGAAGAUAUGGUGGGAUCCUUUAUCUGUUUCUGAAUGUACAUAAAAUUACACUAUCCAGUUCAAAUAAGUAUAGAAAAAUGUUAGCCAUAUCCCAAAAAUAAAUAACUGCCAAAAAUGUA